GCACUUCCUCGUCCACCCAUCCCGCCUCCGCCUCCGCCGUAUAACAUUUCCGCCUAUUGCCGAUGAGCCUUUUCUACCCCAAUACCACUGCACCUCAUUCCUUCUCACGCCUCUCAUCCUUCCCACAAACACCCCUCCUUCAAAGCCGCUCUAAACUGUUUAUCGGAUGCCGCUCAAAUCCCAUCAAAGGGAAAUUAAGCUGCAAUUGCGUCGCAGCUAGCUAUGAAAGUAGCAGCGGGCGUAACAAUGUCGGCGAUGACAUGCCGGAGGAAUGCGGCGAGUCCGUGGAAGUGAUAAUGGUGGGCAGCCGGAAAGAUGCGCUGCUGGAAUUCUGUUCGGCCUCCCCUUUCCUGUCCCCUGUUUUGAGAUUCUGGAAUGUUCUUGGUCAGAACUCGGAGCAGGUGCAACUGCAACAAAGGUUCACAAGCAGAGAUAGCACUCCAAGAACUGUGGAAGACUUCUUGGCUUGGCAUUCAUCUUCUAAAGCUGUGAUACUUGUUGCUAGUGCUGCUUAUGGUUCAGAUCAUUGUACAGCACUUGAGGUUCUUAGCAAUGUCAAGAGUGGAAAUGGGUUUGUCAUAGGCAUAAUAAUAAAGCCAUUUGGUUUUGAAGGGAAAAGGCGCCAAGAUGAGGUCAAGGAUUUGUCUGACAAACUCCAAAAGCAGGCACAUUUCUGUAUUGUUCUUGAUACUGAUAUGCUUCUCGAAAAUGAUAUGGUAACUCUGGAUGAGGCUUUGAGGACCACUAAUAGUGCUGUUUUGAUGGCAAUAAACACCAUUUCCAUUUUAUUAUCUGAGAAGCACACGAAGUUUCUGAAUGCAAAAGAUGAUUCAAUCAGAGAAAUUCAACUUCCUGAGUUUCGAGAAGUUUUCGCAAGUUACAAAGAAGCGAGAAUUGGAUUUGGGGCUGGUUACAACGUCAAGACUUCACUUUUGAAAGCUAUAAAUGACUGCCCUUUCCUGGGAGUUGACAUAAAGGAUCUUGAUGGUGUAGUUUUAUGUAUCAUUGCAAGUUCAGGUGCUGUGGAAUGCAGUGAGACAAAUAAUAUUUUGCAUUCUGUUCGUUCAAUUACAAAAUGCAAUGGAGAAAUAGUUGUAUCGAUUGUCCAUGAGCCGUAUCUGGAGGAUAACAAAAUUGCAACUGCCAUUAUUGUGUUUGGAUACACUAGAAAGCAGUUGGCUCCUGCUCCAAGAAGUGGCAUAUUGUCUAGCCUGGGUCAGCAUUUCCCUUCCAUUUUCAAUAUCUUUAAGAAGCAACAUCAGCAACUGAACAAUCUUGAGAAAGUCAUCUUAUCCGAGAGUCCGCACGUCUCUAAUGGGAUAAAUCUUCCUGGUCUUAAAGAUACGUUUGAGACAAAUUCUUUAGAUAGUACUUCUGAUGACACUGGGUCUAUCUCUGGGAAAACCCUAAGUCCAUCGGAUGAUGAGGGGGAAGAAUUCCGUUCUUCCAGGAGUGACCAUGGUUCUGGAGAAAAAGAGGUGGAACUAUUGCAUACCAGUUUCAGUUCCAUGCCAUAUGAGUUAAUUUCUGAAGGAAACUACGUGUUCAAGAGGGAACUGUUUACUAGAGGAAAUAUGGGGCCAGGUCAUUCAACUGAAUCCAAAUACGAAACCAAUUUUACAGAUGAAGCUGGACUGCUUGACAGUGUCAGCAUCUACAGAUUGCCUGUGGGUGUAAAAAAUUUAGAGAAGUUGGAAGAGUCUCCUGUCUCCUCAACCACUAAACGGGGAGCAGCAUGGAGAAUUGAUGAUGAUGAGAAACCUGUACCAAUAGUGUCUUGGUCUGGAUUGACUGAUGCCGAUUUCAACAACAAUGCUUCUAUAUCCAGCAAGGGAAAUAACAUCGUUAAUUCUAAAAGGCAGGGGGGGCUUUCUGUCCGUGCUGCAUCCAUGUUGGAAUCAGAGAGAGACUCACAAAAGAAGUGGAGUCGUGUGGUUGAGAUGAGAUAUCGUGGAGGAAAAUACAAAGGUCGCUCACAAGGAGGACUUCCUGAAGGAAAGGGAUGCCUAUUUCUUGGUGACGGAAGCAUCUAUGAUGGUAUGUGGCGCUAUGGAAAGAGAUCAGGUCUCGGAACAUUCUAUUUCAACAAUGGGGAUGUUUUCCAGGGAUCAUGGAGGGAUGAUGUCAUGCAUGGCAAGGGAUGGAUUUACUUCCAUACUGGGGACAGGUGGUUUGUUAACUUCUGGAAGGGAAAAGCAGAUGGAGAAGGCCGUUUUUACUCAAAAUUUGGUGAUGUUUUUUUCGGCCACUUCAAAGAGGGAUGGCGACAUGGCCACUUUCUUCGUAUCAAUGUCGAUGGGACAAGCAGGGCUGAAGAGUUAUGGGAGGAAGGUUUGCUCGUCAGCGAAAAUCAACUGGAUCCAAAUGAAGAUGGUUGAACUGUGGCCUUCAUCUGAGUGGUAGACAUAAGUCGCACACCAACCUUUUGUGAGGAUCCACUUCCAUGCCUCUGAUUUACACAGAAACACGUUUAGUCUGCCUCAGUGUAAGAGCUCUUGGAAUAUGUUUGGAUGCAGAACCCAUGUUUCUAUGUCCUAAGGUAACUGAGUUGAUCUAUCUGAUCAUCUCAAUUCCUACGUCGUCUCGGAUAGUAUUUUGUAAAUGUGUGCAUAUAUCACGGGGAGUUCUGCUGUAGACGGAGAUUUGUGGAUUCGUUUCUUGAAAGGAGUCUUGUUAUUAUUGAUAUUCCUUCUCGUUAUUUGGCGAAGGGAGAAUAGUAGUACUAUUAGACGGAAUGAAGUGAGUAGGUGCAUGUAUAUAUACUACUAUUUCCUGCUGGUUCAAGAGAUAUCCAAGAGUGAAUGGGAUGAAAAUUUCAUUAAA